CAGAGGAUGUAGGGGGCGAGGCCAGACUGGACUGUAUAAGGGCUGUGAGAGGCAGAGAGCAGAAAUCCAAACCUCCCAAACACACCUGCAGUCCACCACUACCACACAGACUCUUUUCCUCCAGCUGCUUGGCCAGACCAGUUUAGCUGAUACAAUGGCAGAUGGAAGCUUCCAAAAGGAGUUCCUCACCACGCACAACACCUACCGGCAGAUGCACCAGAGCCCCCCGCUGACCCUGAGCAAAGACCUCAACGAGUCAGCCCAGAGUUGGGCCAAUCACCUGCUGGACAUUGGGAGUUUGAAACAUAGAGGCAACGGAGAGAACAUAUACUGCAUGUCCAGCUCCGCACCGAUCAACCUGACAGGGAAGGAGGCUGUUGAAAGCUGGUACGGCGAGGUGAAGGAUUAUGAAUACAACAGCCCAGGGUACAAAGACACCACAGGCCACUUCACCCAGGUGGUGUGGAAGGAGACUACGGAGGUGGGCGUGGGUCUGGCUACAGACGGCAAGAGGGUGUUUGUGGUGGCUCAAUACAGACCUGUUGGUAACAUGAAGGGCACUGAAAACUUUCAAAGAAACGUACUUCCACAAGUGUAAAGGAUGUGCAAUUUGCAGCUGGUGGGGGAGGCUCCAGCGGAACAGACAGCAAUGGAGGAAAAAAAGACUGCACACUGCUGUAAACCCCCGCAAGGAGAAAAAGGCCUGUAUUAGAACCAUGCUGUAGAACCCAGACAUUAAAGACCUGUAUUGGGAUUAUGCUGUAGAACCCUGACAUUAAAGACCUGUAUUGGGAUCAUUUUGUAGAACCCAGACAUUAAAGACCGGAAUUGAGAUCAUGCUGUGGGCCCUGACAAUUAAAAAUGAAACAGUUUACAUGCAAUAAAGAAUACUGCAUAAAUAA